CUCUAUUCAUGUUUGAUAAUAGUAGCAAUCAUGGUUCAUUUGCUGAAGAUGCCCUUUUGGUCUUGCAAAUUGGUAUAAAAGACGGUACAAAAAAACCACUUCUUCGUGAUAGUACAAUGCCUGAUGGUUCUAAGCAUAUAAUGACCUAUAUAGACAAUGCUAAUGUAAAAAGGCCUAAGGGAAUUAAACAGGUUCUUGAAGAAAGAGUAUUAGAUUCUGUUAGUUUAUUAAAAAUUCGCCACUUUGCUCGCCAUUCUGAACGAUUUAUGAGUGCUUAUGAACUUGGACUUUCUGGAAAGGCUGCUGACUUUGCAGUAAAGAAGUAUCAUUCUUAUCGUCGAAUUCCAGAACAA